CGCCAUUUCCAGUUCCAUAUCACUUAUUUCAGUUGAAAACAAAGAAGAGCAGCUCUGCUCCCUCUGAACUUAAUAACGGAACCAGCCAUGCUCGUUGCCACACCCCAUUGCUUAUCUUCUUCUAAUUGUCUGCCUUUUUCCAUUUCUCGAAAACUCAAGUUUUCCCUUUCGACAAAACCGCGAUUCAGCACCUGGGUGAGUAGUCGAACUCGGUCCGGUCGACUCUGUACAGCCAGUCUUAUUACCAGUCCUGACUCAUUCGAAGUUGGUCGACUAAUUGGCAGCUAUGGUUUCAUGAAUGUUACUAGCUAUUCAGGGUUCCAGGCAGGGGCAGAUCUUGAAUUUUCUUCAGGAGAUUUGGGGCAAUUAAGAGUUCAAGAUGUUGGAGAAGGGAGUGUAAAAAUCAGGUUAUAUGAAGGAAGAAUAGCUCAGGGUCCAUCCAAAGGCACACCAGUGAUCUUUAAGGUCUACCCUGGACAACGAGCCGCUGGUAUCGAGGCCGAUAUGAUGGCAGCCAAUGAACUCAAUGCACAUGCUUUCCUCCAGAGCAGUUCUGAAGGUAUAUGUAAGAAUCUUCUAUUACUUCUUGGUGGAUUUGAGACAAAAACAGGGGAGCAGUGGCUAGCCUUCCGUGAUGAUGGUAAAUAUAGUGCAGCUGACUUUGCAAAAGCAACUAGUGAGAAAGUAUUGAGAGUCCUUUCUCUACAAGAAAAUUCUUGGAAUCCUUUUGAGAAAGAGCAGGCGUUUAAACGCAGAACAUACUUUGUCAUUAGGCUAUUUCAGGGUGCUAUGAGAGGUUUAGCCUACAUGCAUAAUCAUGAAAGAUUACACCAGAGUCUUGGACCGGCUUCUGUUAUACUCAAUACAAUAGUAGAAAGAGAUGCUGCUUAUCUGAUUCCAAAGCUUCGAGAUCUAGCCUUUUCUGUUGACAUCAGCUUUUCAUCUUUGGAAGAAGGUCCUAGCACAUUCUCAGAGGGUCUUUGGAGAAGGGCAUCUUCUGCUGGUGCAUUUACGCCUAUGGAGAAAAGAUCCUUUGGAAUUGCAGAUGACAUAUAUGAAGCAGGUCUUCUUUUUGCGUACUUGGCUUUUGUUCCAUUUUGUGAAGCAGGCAUUAUGGAUGGCCUUUCGUUGCAACGGCUUUUGGAAAGCACUUUCAAACUCGAUGUCAUGGCUACAAGAGAGUAUUGUUUGGCGGAUGACCGGUUGUUAGAAGCUGUCAAAUUUCUCGAUUUGGGCGAUGGUGCUGGUUGGGAACUACUUCAGGCAAUGCUGAAUCCCGACUUUCGAAAACGUCCAAUAGCAGAAGCAGUCGUUAAUCAUCAAUUCCUGACUGCUAAUGUUCUCUGACUUCCGAUGAUUUAAGGUAAAUGGCCCUAGGAAUCUUUUGAUUCGGGUUCGAAGUAUUUUGCACGGAGAAGGUGUCCCUGAGGUAAAACUUAAA